CUUUAUUGCAGGAGCGGUUUGUGUUUGGGAAACCAAUGAGUCGAAACAGUCUCUGUAUGCAGUCAUCAAGAUAACAUCAGCUGAAGGCAGAAAUAGGAAUCCUGCUUUGGUUGUGGUACAGAGCCUCCAAGUGCAAAGAAGUCUAUGUGUGUGUGUGUGUGUGAGAAAGUGACACAUAGAAGAAUCCAGUGAUGGCUACCAGUAAAAGUAAAAACCAGAGCUCUCUGGCUCUGCAUAAGGUGAUAAUGGUGGGAAGUGGAGGUGUAGGGAAGUCUGCUCUCACACUGCAGUUCAUGUAUGAUGAGUUUGUGGAAGACUACGAGCCGACCAAAGCCGACAGCUACAGAAAGAAGGUAGUGCUGGAUGGGGAGGAGGUCCAGAUAGAUAUUCUGGAUACAGCUGGACAGGAGGACUAUGCUGCCAUCAGGGACAACUAUUUUCGAAGUGGCGAGGGCUUCUUGUUGGUCUUCUCUAUAACAGAGCAUGAGUCCUUUACUGCCACUGUGGAAUUCAGGGAGCAGAUCUUGCGGGUCAAGGCAGAAGAAGACAAGAUCCCUCUCCUGCUGGUAGGGAACAAGUCGGACCUGGAGGAGCGGAGGCAGGUGUCUGUUGACGAGGCCCGAGGAAAGGCAGAGGAGUGGGGUGUCCAGUAUGUGGAGACAUCAGCCAAAACCAGAGCCAAUGUAGACAAGGUAUUUUUUGAUCUGAUGCGGGAAGUACGAGGCAAGAAAAUGUCUGAAAACAAAGAUAAGAAUGGAAAAGGAAAGAACAAAAAAAAUAAGAAGAGCUUCAAGGAAAGAUGCUGUUUACUUUGAGCCAUUGAUACCAUCUGUUAAAUUGUGAAACGGGGCUGAGGCUCCAUGCCAUUGUAAUUUAGAAGAAAAAUGACCAUGUUUUUAUAUCUUGUUAUAGUUUAGUAUUUCGAACAAUCAAAACAAACAUUUUACAUUUUUAAUCAGUUGUAAGUUUCUGUUGACUUGGAUGUUAACCACUGUUGGGACUCAGAAGCAGUGUUUGAUUGGCUUACAGUAAGCCAAUGACCAAACUGCCUCUGUUAAUUUGCUGCUUAAGCCAUUCUCCACUGUUCAAGUCAGCCAUUAUACUGCCUUUGACUUUCAUAUUUUACACAACAUUGUGGUCUUUGUUUCUAAAACAGUGCCCUUAUUUUUUUAUGGUAUUUUUUAACUUGCAUUAUUCUUCAUUCUGUUAUCACAGACUCCUUGGAUCUACGUUUCUGUAUCUGCUUUCUAGGAACUUUAAUGCUGCUGUUUAUCAUAUUUAUAAUCAUCUAUGAUAACCCCUUCAGCCAAAAUCUUUGCCUGAAUCAAUAAAGAUCAGAGCAUCUGACACAAACCACUGAGGCAAAGUGUAGAAUGGCUGUUCAAAAUUUGAAAUCUACUUUUGUGCCGUCAAGGCUGCUGUUGUUUUUUUUAAAUAAGGACUCUACAAGGACUUGUGUUCUGAGUUUCUGACUAUAUAAGAUUCAGACAAUCAGUGCAAUCAGAGGUCCUGCUGCCAAACAGGGUUUUCGAUUACACUGUCAUCAGGCCUUACAUGAUUACAGAAAAUCAAUCGAAAGAUUCCAUUUUCCAGGAGGACUGCAACAAAAUAUCAUUUUGACUCUGCAUCCAAAAUGACCCAAAAUGUAUCUUAAGGUCAUUUAUGUUUGACAUCUGUCAAGAUAAGGUCAUGGUUACUAGUUUUUAGGUGUCUGUGAGUGAGCAGUGGCUAUAAAGAGACUGUUUGCUGUCGUGUUUUUAUUGUCCUACCUUUCUCUCAGUGCAGAGCCCUCCAUGUUUUUAUUGUCCUACCUUUCUCUCAGUGCAGAGCCCUCCAUGUUUUUAUAGUCCUACCUUUCUCUCAGUGCAGAGUCCUCCAUGUUUUUCUUAACUGCUGGAGUUUGCAGUCUGUACUGGUACAGCUGUGGACGAUCCAGGAGGCCAUAUUGCUUUUGUCCAUGAUUUCAUUGUAAUCAUAUUUUAUUUUGAUUGGUCUGUUAAACAUGCACUACAUUUCUGAUGCCUUCGAAGCUGAUUUAAUACAUUAUGGGGGUUGACAGGUUUUUGAGCAUUUGGUGCCAACAAAACAACUUAAGUUCAAACUGAGUGUGGAAGAACUCUGUGUGUGUGUGUGUUUGUGUGCGUUUUAAAAAAAAGAGUAUGUGAAUUUCUUAGAAAAAACCUACAACCCUACCCUUGUCUGUGGAGGGAACAAACUACUCUGCUGUUUCGUAAUCAAGUGCUGCAGUAAAUGAGAUGUUUUUAACACUGCCAAAACACAUUUUUGUAUUAGUGUGUUUUGUAUUAACCAUUUUCUUUCACUUCCUGCUGAUGUGUUUGCUUUAUUCUCAGCAGCAGCUGUGUUCCUGAAUAAAUAUUUUCUUCUUUAUAAAUUCUCCACAUGUGUUUAUUUUGUGU